CGCUCCCUUACCUGCUGUAGGGGAAGGGGUGGUGCAGCCCCCGGUGGGCAGUGAGGUCACAGGAUCUCUGAGGCCUGUCUCUGCAUUCGCCCUGGGCGCCUGCCCUUCCCAGGAGCUGGGUGUCCCCACAGCAGGGAGGAGGGGCUGUUUUGUAUUUCUGUUGGAGAGGCAGGGUCUGUAAUGAGAGCAGGGCUGUCAGGAGUCUGGGUCACUGAUCGUCUUGGAAAAAAGUGAUGCUCCCGGGUGUGAACUCAGUCCAGUAUCAGAGCCACGCAGGAAGGAGGAAUAAUUGCACGGUCAUGAGCUGAGCUAAUAAAGAAGGGACAGUUGACCUUCGGGGACGUGGCCGUCCGGUUCUCCCAGGAGGAGUGGGAAUGCCUGGCGCCUGCCCAGCGGGCCUUGUACAGGAGCGUGAUGCAGGAGAACUACAGCAACCUGGUCUCUCAGUGUCUUCUCAUUACAAAAAAGGAUUGUUACCCCAGGAAGUGAUAAAAGACUCAUUCCAAAAAGUGAUCCUGGGAAGAUCUGGGAGCUGUGACCAGAGGACACAUGGGGACAGUGAGGAGGAGCGUGAAGGGCAGGGUGGCUGUCAUGGAGAAUUGCAGGGUCACAGCAGGGGUGCCUGUGACGAGCCCCUCCGUGAGGGUGAGGCUCAUCAGGACGUGUCGGGGAGCAAAGCCCAAUUUAAUUCAGUUCCUAUUGCUGAACAUUGUGUUACUGUGCAUAAAUGUCAUCCAGUUUUGAAACAUACCUCUUCUCAAACAGACAACUUGGAAAAUCUUAAAGUUGAGCAAGGUCAUGGUUCAAAUAAUAACUCAAAUCAUUUUAAAUACAGCAUGGCACUAGAUAUGCAGUCAUAUCAUUCUGAGGACCAAAGAUAUAAUGAAGUAAAUAUGUGUCAGUUUGUUGAAAUUGAAAAUUCUUUGAUGAAGGAUUCAUUAUUCUUCCAUGAAAAGGUAACUCCCAUCCAAGCUAAAACAUACAGUUUUAAUAACUAUCACAGAGACUCUAUCCACCCACCUUUGCUUAAUGAAUGUCAGUAUACAGACAAUGAGGAAGAAUAUUACAUAUAUAAUAAAAGUAAUCAGGCCAUUAGGAAGGGCUCUGUAUUAAAUAAUUGCCAAGGUAUGUACAUCAUAGCGAGAAAAUACCAAUCUGUGGAACCUGAAAUAACCUAUAACAGAGGAUCAAGCCAUAGAGAACAUCAGAGAAAUGAGAUUCCAGAAAACCGUUCCCCAUGUGACAAAUGUGGACAAGCCUUCAAGGAUUGUGUCCAAACUUGUGAACAUUUUACAAAAGUGGUUAAACAUCACAGAAUUCACACUGAUGAGAAAGCUUGCAAAUGUAAAGUAUAUGGGAAUGCAGGAAAGCAACCAAUCCAAUGUGAAUUAUGCAGUAAAUCAUUCACUAAUGCCUCAGUUCUUGCUGUUAGUGAGAGUAUUCGUACAGGAGAGAAGCCUUACGAAUGUAAAAUAUGUUCCAAAGCCUUUAGGUCGCCCUCACGUCUUACUGAACAUCAGAGAAUUCAUUCUGGACAGAAACCUUACAGUUGUAAAGAAUGCAGCAAGUCUUAUACUUGUUCCUCAAGUCUUACUGUGCACCAGAGAAUUCACACAGGAGAGAAAUCUUACAAGUGUGAGGAAUGUGGCAGAGCCUUUGCUUACUCCUCAAGUCUUCAUGUGCAUGAGAGAAUCCAUACCGGAGAGCAUCCUUACAAGUGUGACGAAUGUGGGAGACACUUUAAGUGGAACUCAGUAUUUAUUAAACAUCAGAGAAGUCAUUCCGGACAGAGACCUUACAAGUGUAAAGAAUGCAGCAAGACAUUUACUUAUUCCACAUAUCUUACUGUGCACCAAAAAGUUCAUACUGGAGAGAAACCUUACAAGUGUAAAGAAUGUGGCAAAGCGUUUAAGCGGGGCUCGCACCUUAAUCGACACGAGAAAAUUCAUUCUGGACAGAAACUUUUCAAAUGUGAAGAAUGCAGCAAGUCCUUUACUUGUUCCUCAUAUCUUAAUGUGCACCAAAAAGUUCAUACUGGAGAGAAACCUUACAAGUGUAAGGAAUGUGGCAAGUUCUUUACUUUUUCCGCAAGUCUUCAUGUGCAUGAGAGAAUCCAUACUGGAGAGCAUCCCUACAAGUGUGAAGAAUGUGGCAGGUCCUUUAGGUGGAGGUCACAGUUUACUAAACAUCAGAAAAUUCAUUCUGGACAGACACCUUAAAAGUGUAAACAAUGCAGCAUGUCCUUUACUUGUUCCUCAUGUCUUACUGUGCACCAUUCAGUUAGUAUUGGGGAGAAACCUUAGAAGUGUAAAGAAUGCAACGAAUCCUUUGCCUAUUUCUAAAGUUGUAUUUUUGCAUGAGAGAAUUCAUAGUGGAGGGAAGCCUUGCAAGUGAAAGGAAUGUGGAAAAGCAUCUCAGUGUUCCUCGCACCUUAAUCGACAUCAGAGAAUUCAUUCUGGACAGAAACCUUGCAGAUGUAAAGAAUGCAGCAUGUCUUUUACUUCUUCCUCAAUUCUUACUGUGCACUGCAGAAUUCAUACAGGAGAGAAAGCUUACAGAUGUAAAGAAUGUGGCAAAAUGUUUACUGAUUCCUCAAGGCUUAAUGUGCACGAGAGAAUCCAUACUGGUGAGAAUCCUUACAAGUGUAAUGAAUGCGGCAAAUUCUUUACUUUUUCUCAAUUCUUAAAACACAUGAGAGUCCUUAGUGGAGAGAAGCCUUACAAGUGUAACGAAUGCAGCAAGUCCUUUACUUAUUCCUCAGGUCUUUCUGUACAUCACGGAAUUCUUACAGGAGAGAAGCCUUACAAGUGUGAGGAAUGUGACAAAUGCUUUAAGUGGGGCUCACAACUUACUAAACAUCAGAUAAUUCAUUCUGGACAGAGACUGUACGUGUGUAAAGAAUGUAGCAGGUCUUUUACUUCUUCCUCAUAUUUUACUGUGCACCAAAAAGUUCGUAUCGUGGAAAAACCUUAGAAGUGUAAACAAUGCAACAAAUCCUUUGCUUAUUCCUCAAGUCUUACUGUGCAUGAGAGAAUUCAUACUGGAGAGAAACCUUACAAGUGUAAGGAAUGUGGAAAAGCCUAUCAGUGGUCGUCAUACCUUAGUCAACAUCGGAUAAUUCAUUCGGGACAGAAACCUUACAAGUGUAACGAAUGCAGCAAGUCCUUUACAUCUUUCUCAGGUCUUAGUGUGCAUGAGAGAAUUCAUACUGGAGUGAAACCUUACAAAUGUAAGGAAUGUGAUAAAGCCUUUAAGCGGGGUUCACACCUUAACAUCAGAGAAUUCGUUGUGGAAAGAAACCGUAUAAAUGUAAUGAAUGUGGCAAAUCCUUUAUUUGUUCCUCAAGUCUUAGAGUGCAUGAGAAAGUUCAUAGUGGAGAGAACCUUACAUGCAUAAAUAAUGUGGAAAAGUAGUAAUUCAUCAAAUAUAAAUAAACACAAAAUAUUCAUACUGGUGUGAAAUAUUAUGUGUAAAGAAUGUAAGAAAGCAUUUCUCCAGGCCUCAGUCCUUACUAAAUGUCAUAACAUUCAUUCUAGACAGAAACCUUACAAAUGUAAAGAAUUCAGCAAUUAUUUUUCAUGUCCCUGAAAAGUUAGUCUUCAUUAGAGAAUUCAUAGUGGAGAGACACCUUACAAGUAUAAAGAAUGUGGCAAAGCCUUUAUGCUGUUUUCAAGCCUUACUGCACACCAGGAAACUCAUACUAGAGAGAAACUUGAUUUUUCCAGAAAUUUAGGAUGGAGUUCUGUGUAACCUGUACAUGUAGGGAGCAUGAAAGCUUUCAGAUGGGAGAAAAGAAUCUAAAAAUUGAUUGUAGCAAAGCUGUCAACUGUUCCUCACAUACUGUACAAAUGCAGAUUCAUAGUGGAGAGAAAACAUAUCAAUAUGGUUAAUACUGAAAUAAUAUUGCCUAAGAAAUUCACCUUAGAAACAUGACAGUCUUCAUAAUGGAGAGAGACUUUACUGUUAUUGGAAAGUAUUUAAGUGAAAAUGUAAAGUAGCCAGGAUUGAAAUAUAUAAGAAAGCUCUGAAACACCAUAUUUGUAGAGGUUAUUCUCACAGUAUUAUAAAAAUGUUUUCAAAUAAACAGGUAUCAUAAUUGA